AUGAUGAGCUCUCUUUGUGGAAGCUUGGGUUCACUCAAACGUGAGAACUCAAGCACACAACUCCCACCAACUUCAUCAAUUGAGUCAGUUUCAGAAUCUAAAAAAACAUUUACUACAACUCUAUGCAAUGAGUUGGAACUGAAUAGUCUAACCCCAACAAGCCUCGACUUUCCAACCCUCAAGUCUGAGUUGGAUGGAGAUAUUGAAGUGCAAUCACCUGACAAUUCUCUAUGGGAGUCUUUUUUCUCUGAUCAAUUGGAUGGUGAUUUUAUGAUCUCAUCACCAGUGAGGAAUUUGCCAUCUCCACAAACUUCAACUUACAAUUAUAAUUACAACUAUGCUCAGGCAGUGCAAGGUCAGAGUCUCUCCGGGUUCUCUCCUCCUCGCUUAUUGUCUCAGAUUGGUCCUUUUAGUAGCACCAACAAAGGGAAGGGACUAAGCCCACUUCAUAGGGUCUUUAACUUACCAAAAAAUCAGUAUAUGCAGCCAGCUGAGGGCCUUUCAAUGCCAGCAAUUGAGGAAUUUUUGGAUGAUUAUAUUGGAAGCUCAUCACACUGUUUCGAUAUCCCAAACAUAGUUCCAGCAGUGGACGGCUUGACAAUCUCCAAUAAUUCCUCAAGGUUUUGUGGUUCGGUGAGCGAAACAUCAAGUCUAGGAAGUUCUCAACUGACCCAAGAGAGUGAUAUUUACCAAAUGUCCGGCUCUAUUGCAAGUGGACCAUUAUCAGAACUGUUGCAACAAGAUCGCCACCAAGACAAUCAACUACAGCAGAACCAGACACAACAGCAAGAACAAUAUCACCACAACCUUAACCAUAGCUUGAUGGCACCUCAACCUAUUGGCUCUGAGCAGGAACAAGAUAGUGGGCUUCAACUAGUGCACCUUCUUCUAGCUUGUGCUGAAGCAGUUGCCAAAGAAGACUACAUGCUGGCAAGAAGAUAUAUCCUCCAUCUCAAACGGGUUGUCUCAGCUCUCGGCGACUCAAUGCAGCGUGUAGCGGCCUGCUUCACUGAAGCCCUAAGUGCAAGACUAGCUACCACACUUACCACCAAACCCAGUACCUCCAGUUCUACUACUACUCCUCCAACACCCUUCUCUCCUUUCUCAACAAACACACUAGAAGUCCUCAAGAUUUACCAAAUCGUCUACCAAGCUUGUCCUUACAUCAAAUUCGCUCACUUCACCGCAAACCAAGCUAUAUUUGAGGCCUUUGAAGCCGAAGAACGUGUGCAUGUUAUAGAUUUAGAUAUUCUUCAAGGCUAUCACUGGCCAGCUUUCAUGCAAGCCUUAGCAGCACGACCUGGUGGAGCUCCAUUUCUUCGGAUAACCGGCGUUGGAUCCUCCAUAGAUUCGGUAAGAGAGACCGGUAGGUGUUUAGCCAAGUUAGCUCACUCUCUUCACAUCCCAUUUGAAUUCCACCCAGUGGGUGAGCGACUCAAAGACCUUAAACCCCACAUGUUUAACCGAAGGGUUGGUGAGGCACUAGCGGUGUCAGUGAAUCGUCUCCAUCGUUUGCCUAGUAAUUCUCUUGGGAAUUUACUAGCAAUGAUCCGAGACCAAGCUCCGAACAUUGUAACACUAGUGGAACAAGAAGCAAGCCAUAAUUGACCAUACUUUUUGGGCAGGUUUCUUGAGGCAUUACACUAUUAUUCAGCAAUUUUUGACUCAUUGGAUGCGACGUUCCCACCAGAAUCAGCACAGAGAGCCAAGGUGGAGCACUACAUAUUUGCACCUGAGAUUCGUAAUAUAGUGGCGUGUGAGGGUCCCAAGAGGACGGAGAGGCAUGAAAGGUUGGAGAAAUGGAGGAAGAUAAUGGAAGGGAAAGGGUUCAAAGGGGUGCCAUUGAGUGCAAACGCAGUGACACAGUCGAAGAUAUUGUUGAGUUUGUAUUCGUGUGAUGGGUAUAGGUUGACAGAGGACAAGGGUUGUUUGCUCUUGGGUUGGCAAGAUAGGUCACUUAUUGCAGCUUCUGCAUGGCGAUGUUGA